CGUCGCCAUGAUAGUGACUAGUGAGGCAGCUCCCAAGAUGGAUUGCUCUGCAUGUAUGUACUACUCCACUGCAUUCCACGUCGCUUGCUGCCAGUCAAGAGGUGCAACCAGCUGUGUCUCUUCAUCUUCCUAGUCUACUAUGCAGCAGACGACUCCCCCAUUCGGAUCCUUGCAGUAGGCGGUCACCUCUUGGUCUGACCUCAUCGUGUCCCAUAGCGGGGCACGGUACAGCCUGCUACCUACCUAAUAAGGAGGAUGUCGCUGAGGAAAAAACAAACGUGAAUGAACCGUAAAGCCGACCGGGAACGAACCAGCACCAUCCGGGUUUCGGAGAGGCGCUCUGGCCAUCUGCAGCGUGCUGAGAAGCGGUUCCAGCCAAAGCUAGCGCGCAUCACACUAAGUAUCGCCAACCCCGAAAUCGAGGGCCACGAGGGCGAUCUCCUCUCUCUCGAUGUGUACCCCGACAUGACCGUCGACACCCUGCGUGGCUCAAUCCAAGCCGAGACCCGCAUCGACACGACCGCCCAGCACCUGUACCACAAUGGCCAGCUCAUCACCGACGACUCCAAGACCAUGGCGGAACUGAACAUUGGUGAUGGCGACAUGCUGGCUCUCCACGUCCGUGACAUGCGGGGCUCCACGGGCAUCCCCACCCCCGGGGCCAGCAGGGCCCGCCCGGACCAGUCGUCGUCGUCGUCGUCGGCUGGCCGGAGGCCCGGCGUGGAGCAGGACCCGGAGCUGGUCCGGCUGCAAAUAUUGGGCGACCCGCGCCUGAGGGCCGAGAUCCAGAGGCAGCAGCCCGAGCUCAGCGCGGCGCUGGAGGACCCCCAACGGUUUGCACAGCUGUUUAACGCGAGCUACGAGCGCGAGCGGAGGGAGCGGUACGAGCGGCAGCAGAUGAUCAACCGGCUGAACGAAGACCCGUUUGAUGUCGAGGCUCAGGCUAGGAUUGAGGAGAUGAUUCGUCAGGAGCGUGUCAUGGAGAACCUGCAGAACGCCAUGGAGCACAACCCUGAAGGUGCGUAAACUAUAGGCUCACUCUGGCUUUUGGUGUCCA